GAUAUCCUGACAAAGAGUCAGCUUGGUUAUUGGUUGUUGGUUAUUGGCGGGGUCAUCACCAACACUCUUACAUACAUAGAAUUCUCCUUCUCGCCUGACAUCACACCACUCACGGAUCCUUAGCCGUCCGCUGGUCGCCGCGAGUGGCUGCACUGCCUCGGUUGCGAUACGCACGCACGAGCGCGUAAAUAAAUAAUAAAUAUAGUAACCGAUAAUAUCACCGUUUCUUGAUUUGUUUCCUGGUCCUAUGUAUUUACAGCUAAUUAUAAGCGCCUUUCUCACCAAUACAUACAUCCAGGAUAUUCUAAUCGGCCCCGGAUAUACUUCUUCUUCGCCGAGCCGGUUGCGUCCGAACCGAGUCGUCGUAUUCACGAUUAUAAUCCCCCAUACUCCCCCAUACAAACUCCACUCUCACCCACGCAUCCACCCACACCCGGAACACUUACACACGCUACUGCCACAAUGAGCCUCCUCCAAAAGAAAUACGCAGCUCUCAUCAACCCGGACGUCCUCCGAGCCCACCAAAAACCCAUCCUUCUCGCCACCGGCAUAACCGCCGCCGCCGCCCCGCUCCUCGCCUACGCAUGGUCCUGCUACCGGCAAUGGCUCGCCCUCGGCCCCGGCGGCGUACCCUACCACUUCCUCGGCUGGCUCCUGCAAACCAGCAUGCACGUGAUCGCCCGCUCCGACACCCGGGAGCCCCUGCCCCGGCCGUACAAGCGGCUAGAAGACGUCGCCGCCCUCUACGGCCCCGCGGGGGCCAAGUCGUACCUUAGGAACGGCGCGAUCCCAAAGCGCACCGGCGACCGUCCUACCAUCCCGACGUUCGUCGCGCCCCAGCGGCAGACCUCGGACGUCGCGCCCGCUGCCACCGUCGCCGCCGAGAAGGCGUUCCUCGACGCCCUGGCAGCCGCCAACGCCUCGCUCUUCGAGGUCCGGGCCAGCAAGCUCGAGGGCCCGCUGCACCAGGCCUUGUGGCUACGGCUUCCCUCGGCGUCGCCCGACGACGCCGAGAAGCAGAAGACCCUCCGGGAGCUGCGCACGCGACUGGGCAGGGGCGCAGCCGGAGAGUUCGCCCACGUGCAUGGCGAGGGAAGUACCCACGUAACGCUCAGCCCGACGGACGCCAAGACUGCGAUCGAGGCCGGGUGGGCCGAGCGCCAUCGACUGGCGGGUGUCUGGGGGUCGCGCGCGCUGGCGCCGUGGGGUUAUGUCCUGGUGUAUGCGCCGCGCGACGAGGCUGAACUUGGGGUCUUCCGCGAGUUGGUACUUGCUGGUGCGCGGUAUGUGGCCGAGGGUGCUGGAGUUGAAGUUGUUGCUCCGGCGGAGUGAAUGGGGGAGGGGGGGGGAAACCUGGCUAAGGGUGUGGAUGGAAGGAGAAAAAGCUGUGUAUAAUUGGUUGGUUGGUUGGUAUAUACUUGCAUAGGUACCUAUCCGAUAUACCGAGGUCGAGGUAUAUUAUGUGUUUGAAGCAUGCAACUCGUGGCGUUAGGGAGAGGUCAUUACUAGUAUAUGCGAAUGUGCGAUGGGAUAUUCAAAAAUGCACUGGUACGGAAAGCGGUUGGGACAGUGAAUAAGACAAGAUCUAGGAUGUGGAGAGAUGUGUAUAAUUACGAGUAUACUCUUCUCCUUUUAUUAUAAAUCUGCUGCCUUAAUAUCACUAGGUUACUGGUUUCUUCGCUUGAGCCUGUAUUGUACCGGAUCUGCUUGAGUUACCGAGUUGCUAAUUUUAUUAAUAGGCUGCACCACGAUUCUACUUUAUUUACGACUCUGUAAGACGCUAGGAUAUUCAAUUCUAUUAGAUGUACUCUUCGUUUAUAAAUCACCAGGAAUAGCUUUUAGUUGUACAGUGCAUCUAAGGGUCCAGCUCCCAAAAAAGGGGACAAGCAAUAUGAUCAAUCCAUAGUACUGCUGACAGUACAU